UUUUGGGCCACUGCCACCCUAUCGAGGUUGAACACUGUCACUUCGUUGAAGAGAAGCCUUUUGAUCAACGAAACCUUGCACGUUUCUUGUCACCGCCCACUGCAUUAAUUUCAGCUCAUCAUUAGUACCAUCGGCGACCAUCCUCUCACCACCGCCCACGAUCAUACGCCCAGUUCAGUUCCAUAGCUAGUUUUGAACCUUGGGUUCUCACGAGUAGCACGACUUUGUUGUUUGCCAGCGAGUUCUGUUUAAUUUGUUGGCAUCGUCUUUUCUUGCUCCGUCGUUGUUUGUUUCGUCGUGUGCUUCAACUCUCCCUCGACAACCCCAUCGAUUGCAGACGAGCAACAUGCAGUGGUCAUCCGCUCAACCUCCUCCGCCAGGCACGCAGCCGCCGGCGGCUUAUCCGUACUCUGCUACUACCGCGUUCACUCCAGUUCAGGUCCGCCAAACCUUCGGUCAACCUUAUUCCGCCGCACCGCCCGCUUCCUAUCCUCCCCCACCUGCCUACGGCCCUCUUCCUAUAAAUCCUCCUCCUGCAACACCACUUCACACUAAUCCAGCCGCGCCCUUGACUGCCGCAACGCCCACCACAACGCAAGAGCCCGCAAAGAAAAAGAUCGACUGGCCGGAAUCUGUGCGCAACUACGUGCAGCGUUCUUUCCAGACCUCCAACUUAGAUCCGUCCGUCACCCGCGCCGAAAUGGAAGCCAAGCUCAAGGAAACCAUCUCGUACGCUAACGACCAGGGUCACAUGUACACUGUGAACUGGGAGAAAAUGCCCUUGCCGCAAGAGAUGAUCAAAGAGGAGCGUGCUAGAGCCAGGGCCCUUCAGCAAGCAUCUCAUUUCUCGGCCCUUUCCAUUUCCCCAUCCAGUUCCAAGAAGCGCAAGUCUACCGACUUCAGCGAGGGCGCCGCACCCCCUUGGCGGAACGGACAGAAUCGCCUUGAGGACCGCAUUACAUUUAAUGCUGAUAAACGCCCAGCUCCAGUCGAGGAAGCCCAGUCGAAGUCACAAAGUAAGUUCCAGAAGCAGUUGGAGAAACGUCAAAAGCGCUUCGACGGAGGUUACAAGUCGACAUAUCGCGAGCCGACUCCGCCUCCCAGCGACGGCCCGGUUGUCGGUACAUGCGAGACCCUGGAGAAGCGCUAUCUCCGUCUGACGGCGCCGCCUGUUCCGUCCGUGGUCCGACCAGAGCGGGUUCUGCGCCAGACGCUCGAGCUGCUCAAGAGAAAGUGGAAGAAGGAGCAAAACUACUCGUACAUCUGCGAUCAGUUCAAAUCCAUGCGUCAGGACUUGACAGUCCAGCGCAUCAAGAAUGAGUUUACUGUAGAAGUCUACGAAAUUCAUGCUCGGAUUGCCUUGGAGAAGGGGGACCUCGGUGAGUAUAAUCAAUGUCAAACCCAGCUCAAGGCCCUCUACAAAAUGGGUAUCAAGGGGAAGUCGAUUGAGUUCAAGGCGUAUCGUAUCUUGUAUUUCAUUCAUACCGCUAACCGCACGGCGUUAAACGACGUCCUGGCGGAUCUAACUGCAGCAGAGAAGGAGGAAGAAGCCAUAAAGCAUGCGCUUGACGUCCGAUCCGCUUUGGCACUUGGCAAUUACCACCGCUUUUUCCGGCUCUACAACGACACGCCCAACAUGGGUGCAUAUCUUAUGGAUAUGUUCGUUGGCCGUGAACGCCUUGCCGCUCUUUGCAACAUCUGUAAGGCGUAUAAACCUGAUGUGCCGCUGCGCUUCGUCACGGAAGAGCUGUACUUUGAGUCGGAUGCGGAUGCUGCCCAAUUUAUCCUCGACUACCAGGGCCAGGAUCUAUUGGAGGAUCGCGAGGGAACUGUUAUGUUCCUGACCGGAAAAGCUAAAGAGCUGUUCGAGGGUCCGAGGAAGGCAGCAUUUUCCAGGGUUGACAUUAAAGGUCAAAUCUAACAGCACUGAGUCCUUAUUUCCUAUCGUCGCCGCACCCGCCCACAUCGUUCCCAACUCUUUCAAGACAUGAGCACCGGCUGUCGACCUCACGUUUCUACUUCAUCUCCGCCUUCGUAGUUUCUCACCUCGGUCACCGGGAUCUGCACCCUUGCGUCGUCAUGCAGUAGUUUGAUAUUAUUGAUAGCACGCCCUUCGUCGACCUAUGUCGCUGUCCUACCCCACGACAUUUGCGACCUGGGCUUCUAUCGCCAACACCUCAUGGGGGAUUUCGGCGAUAGAGAAUACCGACGGGUUUUCUAUCUCCGUUUCUUCGUUGUCAAUUCCGAUGUUACUCCCUGAAUAGUAACGUGGAAUGCGUUAGAGGAAGCCCACGUCAUGCCUUGUGGAGCUCUUACACUGACGAAAACCACUUCUUCCCCCGAGUCGUCUCACGACCUCACGAUCCGCCAGGUUGCCACUUGCAACGCAGUCCGACUUACCUUUUCAGCUAGUUCCUUCAGGACAGGCGCAGAUCCUGUUCUUCAAUGUCAUUUGCCAGCAUCAGGUCAACCUAAUUGACCUCAAACGUGGUUGAGGCGUGCAGUAUUCGAAUCUGCCUACUCUACUCAAAAAUGGAGACGUAAUAUCCACCGUUUUCGGAACCCAUUCUCGGUGGACAGGAUGAUAGAUGGCGUCUUCGCACAUCGACCCCCUUCUUUCCCGAUCAAUGUGUCUUGCCGGAGGAUCUCGACGUGUCGGCUCACGGGGUCUCUUGUUUUAGCAAGCAUUAGGGUCAUGCGGAGGUGACCUUUGGCGACGUGGAAGCAGCAGCAUUAGUUGCUAUGGUGCUGUAGUGGCACCCUGCUCUCCUUCUAUGCGUCCUUACAGGCACCGCUCUCUUAUUCAACAAUUUUUCAGUAUCCCUUGCGUUCCGGUGUCGGCAUCUUUGGGUGGUGGUUUGGGUCAGCGAGCAUAGGGUUUUGGCGUCUCGGGGUGUCAAAACUGCUUGCAUUUGUCCCUUGUCUUUUUUUCUUUGUUCCUUCUUCAUGCUAGUACAGGUAACUCAGGUGUUUGGCGUUAAGGGAACAAUGCUAAGAGCAGGGAGGUUGAGUGGGCAUGUCUUACAGUUAGCAAAAUAAGAACGUACUUAGUGAGCUCCAG